UUCCACUAUCUCAACGUGAGUUUGUUGCGGUGGGCAUCGGUCUCGUUGCUCGGUUAUUUUUCACUCACAGUGGAUUACAGCUCAUCUCAUCGAGUUUUGUCUGCAGGGAGGAGUGGCGUGGCGUCCACUAACCCAAGCACCGACAUUUCGAAUUCAUAAAUCCCUUCCCCGGUCAUUUAGGACUAAUAAGGACAAAGGAACGGAGGAUUUCCACCGUGGGAAUGACGAAACCGCAGAGCCAUCGCUUUGCAGCAAUCUCGGUCAAUGACUGAUAUCAAACAUAGGAAAUACAUCUGAAAAAGGACUGGUAUUGAGAGCCGCCUAGAAACUGGGUCUCGGAUCUCUGAAGGAUUCUCAGGAUUGUGGCGUCCAUUCAUGUAGUUUUGAUGUAUCCAAACAAUAGGCAGUUUGGAGAGGAGGGGAAGUAGGAGCUAUCUGGGUUGAAAUACACGCUUCUCUUGUGUUCACCUGCCACCCAGCAGUGCAUAGGAAAGCUGAAGUCCUGUUUAAUACUACUAGACUUGAGAUCUGAGCAAUUCAAAUAUCCAUUUUGAUUAAAGCCGGUUAUUCUCUAGGGACUACAGUCACUUUAAACAUCAUCACGUCACUUUUAAAAGGGUCCAUGUAUAUCACGAUGGACGAAGCACGCUAAAUAUUUUUGUUUUACGAAUGCAGGGAAAAGCAUCGUGUCAGUUUGUAAUUUAAUGACAUUGUUAAAAUCCGGACGCAAGUGUUGAACUUCCUGAUUUUGGUUCCUCUCGGCUGUUCUGGUGUGGUGUUAUCAUAAAGAUUAUGGCAGCCGUUGUGAACUACUCUCCACCGUGGUGGGUUAACCUGCUGCAUAGACUGCCUCACUUUAAUCUGCAAUUUGAACAAACCAGUAGUGAUUUUCGCCCAGAGGACUCCUCAUAUCAGCAGUCCAUCCUGCUGCUGGGCGGCAUAGCUUUGGCAUGCUUGGCUCUGGACCUCCUCUUCCUCCUCUUCUACUCGUGCUGGCUGUGCUGCCGCCGCAAGAAGAGUGAAGAGCAGCCCAACGCAGACUGCUGCUGCACGGCCUGGUGCAUCAUCAUUGCCACCCUCGUCUGCAGUGCCGGCAUUGCCGUUGGUUUCUACGGGAACGGUGAGACCUGCGAUGGGGUUAAUCGGCUCACAUACGCCCUCCGUCAUGCCAACCGCACAGUGGCAGGAGUGCAAAGACUGGUAUCAGAGAGUACGUCAGCUCAGAGCCAGACCGUGGAUGAGAACCUCCGGCUACUGAAGGACCAGUAUGCAAAACACACAGACUAUCUGUCCAUCAUACAGAAACUGCAGGAUCAACGGGGCGAGCUGGUCCAUCAGAUGACCGACAUUCCCUUUUGGAAUGAUCUCAGCAUUUCUCUAGAGGAUCUGGCAACCAAGAUUGAAUUAUAUGACUGGUACAGGUGGUUGGGCUACUUGGGUCUGCUGUUGUUUGAUGUGCUUAUUUGCUUGUUGGUGCUCUUCGGCCUCAUCCGGAACUCCAAAGGAACUCUAAUUGGGGUGUGUAUUCUGGGUGUGCUUGCGCUGGUAAUCAGCUGGGGCUCUCUGGGUCUGGAACUGUCUGUCUCAUCGGGCUUCAGUGACUUCUGUGCAGCACCUGAUAUGUACAUUUCCAAGGUGACGGAGCAGUACACACUUAUCAAGAAUGAUAUUUUGCAGUAUUACCUUGCAUGCAGCGUGGGUCAGGUCAACCCCUUCCAACAGAAGCUGUCUGGAGGUCACAAAGCACUGGUGGAGAUGCAGGAUGACGUGUCAGAACUACUGCGCUCUGCUGUCCGAGAGUACCCCAAAACAAAGGGUAAACUUGAGCAAAUUCAGGGGGCUUUAAACACCACAGAAGUUGGACUACACCAACUCACUGCGCUUGUGGACUGCCGCAGUUUGCACAUGGAUUAUGUUCAGGCAUUGACUGGUGUGUGUUAUGAUGGUCUGGAGGGACUGAUCUACCUGGUGCUGUUCUCCUUCAUCACAGCCCUCAUGUUCACCUCUGUGGUCUGCAGUGUGCCACACACGUGGCACGCCAAAAGGCCUGAAGACGACAGUGAGGAAGUGUCCCUGGCUCAUGGAGGUAGACAGAAUCAUGAUAACCUGUACCGAGUGCACAUGCCCAGUCUCUACAGCUGCGGCAGCAGCUACGGCAGUGAGACCAGCAUCCCUGCAGGAGCACACACUGUCAGCAACGCUCCAGUUACUGAGUACAUGACUCAGAAUGCAAACUUCCAGAAUCCUCGCUGUGAGAACACUCCUCUCAUUGGCAGAGAAUCUCCUCCCCCCUCCUACACAUCCAGCAUGAGGGCCAAAUACCUGGCCAACACCCGGCCCGACCCCAACAGCAGCGCAUCAGCAAACUAGAUGGACACUGUAUCCUCUCCCCAUCAGCCAAGUCCAGUCUACAUUUCACACAUUCUCACACACACAUCCUUUUGCCUGUUCCCACAGCCUCAGUCAAGUUUCGCCCCAGGCCCACCCAUCCAGCCACUUCAAACAGAGAGCCAUGUUGAUCUUUGAUGUGUGCUCUCCAGCCCAGCUGAUAAAGGACGUCCUUGCAUCAUGUAAAUACUGCUGUCACCAGAAUGUUCCAGAGGCCUCUUGCUCUGUUUCCAGAUGGCCGGUUUCGGCCAGAGUUCAGGCAGCUUGUUCAGCGAGGCCACAGUAGAUGGUUCACUCAUAGCUUUGAGUGGUUGUGUAUGAGUAUCUGUAAUGAGUGUGAACUUCCCAUUACCUAGAGACAUACUGAGUGAUGUGUGUAUGUGUGUGUUGAUCUCAUGCUGCCCUUGCUCUUUUGUGGUGCUCUUGCCAGAGGUUCAGAAUUGAAGAACUCGACUGGGAUUGGUGCCCUCAGCUCGACAUUCCUGCAUGGCCUCUGUCCUCCUGUGACCUUCUCCAUAUGCAGGAACUACUGCCACACCAGGUCUAUCAUUAGGACACUUUACAUCUGUGGCAUCUACUGUAAUAUGACUGAAUCCCAUAGAAGAAGCUAUUUAAUUUGAAUAGCAUGAGAAAUUUAGCGGUGCUUUCCACAGAAUUCAAUAAUCGGGUUCCUCUGGAUUUGUUAAAGAUAGCGGUUUUCAAUGUAGCUAUUUUAAUGAAAUAACUGCCACCACUGGAGUGAGAUGGACCAAUGUUAUGUGAGUUUAAGGCCAGAAACACACUUUACACAAAGUGCAGAUGCGAAUACUCAGCCAACGCAUUGCAAACACACAGUGUUUGUACAUACUCACCAUGCGCUCUUGCUUUGCUCUGGUGGAAAAAAACUUCACUCAAGGGAGCAUUAGAGUUACCUUCCAAUGUCUGUGCCGUUAAACCAAAUAAGUCAUUAUUCAGGUAGCUAGCUAUAGUUACACAAAAAUGAAAAUUCUGUCAGUACUUGUCCUCCUGUCGUUUCAACCCCAUAUGUCUUUCCUAUUUCUGGGUAACACAAAAGGAGAUAUUUUAAAGAAUGCUACGAUUACUGAGAUUUAUACAAUAGCAGUGGAUAUUUUAUCACUUUAAAGAUUUAAUAAAACACCCAAAAUUGCCAUAAAACUAGUCUGUGUGACUUGUGUGUCAUAUUCCAAGUCUUCUGGAGAUGUACUCACUUUGUAUGAUGAACAGACCGAAAUUAAAUGUAAGUUAUUCACUCUCAAAUCAAAUCAUUGUUCAACUCAUGUAAACAGAAACCAAAUCAAAUAUGGUGGCACAUCAAUAACAUCAAACCUCAUUGGUUCUUGCACGUCUAAUAACCAAACAUCAUGAUGUUAUGACACAAAAACCAAUGAGUGACUAGACUACUUUUAUGACACUUUUAUGUGCUUUUUAAAGGUUUAAAGUGAGGCACUUUCCCCUGCUAAUGUAUGGUAAUCAGCGAUUGCAACAUUCUUUAAAAUGUAUCCUGUGUUCCGCAGAAUGUGUUCAGAACGACAUGAAAGUCAGAUGACAUCCACACUAAUCCAUUUACGUUUGAAACCUGCAUGAUAUGAAACCCAAUGUCGUAAAUUUCCAAAGUAUGCAGUUAUGGAGAAUGUUUUCGAAAGUCUCCGUUUUGUUUUGUUUUUUCGUUUCAUUUUUGAUGAGAGGCGUAAAUGUAGAGAAAUUGAUGCAUUUUCAAACGAAAACAGAUUAGUGCAGACGUGGCAUUAAUAAUGAUUGAAUUUUCAUUUUGGUGCUGAGCAAGACACUAAAUUGUUGACUAGAAAAAGAAAAGCAUAAAACCAUACUAAACCAUUUACCUUAAUUCCCACUAUAGCACCCCUUGUGGUAACACUGAGAAUGCAAUGCAUACUUGAAUUGUUAAUUGUGGUCUGACACAUUCCAGAAUGCAAUGACACAUGAAGUCGAGCUUGCUACGCUAGAUGCAUUUGUAUUCCCGUAUUUGUGUAGAGAAUGUUUCUGGCCUAAAACUGUAGCAUAAGCUAGUUUUAAGGAAAGGAAUGGUUUGAAUUCUAUCAUCUCAUUUUCAGUCUUGCGUUUUAGGAAUGGGAAGUAAUGGUUAAUAAUUGCUGUGUAGCUGUUGAAACUCGCUUUGCAGAAUGUAAUACACAUGGACUGCAUUAAACAAACCACUCAAAGACUACAGUAUGCCUCACGUUCAGUCAGGCUAUAUCCACUGCCAUUACUGGAAAUCUUGGAGAUACAGAGCUGGAUAAACCAGCCUUUCACAAAGGGUGUUGAGUAAACAACAUCUGGACUUUCAUAGCAGCUGGUUCUGACCAAGCUCCAAUGAUCUGCACAACCUCAAACUGGCAUUGGCUUCAACCCAUUCCUCCUCUUCUUUUAUCUGAAUUUUCCAACCCAACUGAACCAUAGGAGAUUACUUUGUCUUAUGCUGAGACCUACAUAUAACAUGAAAUUUGUCUUCAUACUGUCCAAACAUGGAGCCAUGUGGACCAGCUCUGACAAUUUGUCAGUGCUUAUCUGUUCCAUUAAUCUUGCAUGCAUAUGACUGCUGAGCUACUCAAGGGGCCAUGUUGCCACUGUUGUGCUAAAUGAAACAUGAAGAUGUCCUGAAGAGUUCAAUGUACUGUACACAAAUGUAAAAUGGACAUGUGGACAUUAAUUUUGCUGUUCAGUUGAUGACUUCGCCAGAAGACACAGGAAGUGAAGUCAUUGGUGGCAUCUUAUUUUUCCUCAGCAAACAAAAGAGAGGCUUCUGUUGAAACCUCAGUAACUCAUUCUGAAAUUCAGUAUGACUUUCAAAAGCCCACAAUUUCCUAUGCUCGCUGGUUCUCUGCCACAAUUUGCUUUAUUUCUUAUGUUGGGGAAAAAUUACCAUCUUUGAAGACCGAAAAGUGAUGUUCUGUCACUGAUUAUAUUUCCAUUUAUGACAGCACAGGCAUAUAAUAAACCAGGCCAACUGCUGGCAUCUGUUCAGGGUUGCAGCUGGAACAAGGAGUGUUUUCUCUUCCCCUUCUCCUCAAAAGACCUCUCUCAGAUGUUAUGAACUGAAUCUAUAUGAGCUUUUCUCCUCCCAUAUGGAGAUGCCACUGUUCUCAAACAAUGGGCAGCAUGCCAAUCAUCUUCCACACCUCAGGGGUUGUUUUGACAUGCAUCCUUAUACUGCCAAUGUCUCAUUUUGAGGACACCGGUCAUGUCCUUACCGUCUUAAAAGAGCUACAUGAUCUAAAAAAUUCAGUUUACAAGCUGGAAUGGAUGUAUGCAUGUUGUGUAAGCGCAGACGGACUAGUAACAAAUGCCACUAGUGUGACAUUUAUGGCCCUGUCCUAAGAGCCACCGUAAGCCCUUAGGGUCGUCCUCUGCGUCCAAACUUUGGUGACGUAAUGCCGCAUAGACUUUGUGAGUAUCCUUCAGAAUCAUAAUAAAUGACACAUGGGGCACCCUCCGAUCUCGUUGAGUUCACAGUUUCGCACAAGCACCGUUUGGGACAGGGCUGCAAGACUUUUAUGAAAGCAAGCAAGAACUUCUCGGGAAAGGGAAAUAAAGGGAUGUAUUACAGCUAUAAGCAAACAGAGCCUUGGAUUGUGUGUGAUUUAGCUCAUACCUGAAAAAUCUGCCACUUAUUGGACAGUGAGCUUUUUUUUGUUUUUGUUUUUUCAGUUUGCUUUUCAAAGGUAUGUUCAUCCUUUUCAAUCUGGAGUCGAAUCAUGUUGUGUGCUACUGACGCUUGAAUUGGUUUCUUGAUUGCUGCAUUUGUGAUCAUUAACGAGGUCUGUUUCUUCAACUGUGCCAAUAACCAACAACUUUGUACCUUCUUUGAAUUCUCUAAAUGUUUUGCAUCCUUCAAAAUGUGGACUUUUUCUCAUGAGCUCUGUGGCAUGAGCAGCCAAAUGAGACACCUGUGAACAUGAGCCUGACGUCAUGGGAGUCCUAAUAGUAUUUUACUCGUAAAUGACCACAUUAAUGAUGAUGCAGUCUCGGUUUUUAUGUCAGCAUUCACUCUUAGGAAGUGUCAUACUGCUACACUGAUGUAUAUACGGUAUAUAAAACAAAUGUUUGCAAGAUGGAUUUGUAAUAUCAUAAUACAAACAUUUUCAUUUUUAAUUACCUUUUUAUUUGGAUUUCAUAGUCCCUGUGGCAUAUUUGUAGACAUUUUUAGCAAACACAGAAAUGUUUUCUUCCCUUUCAUGCAAAAACAUGAUUUUGGUCUUUUAUCGAGAGGUUUUGAUAUGACUUAAGUGUAGAAUUAUCCUUUUUUUUUUUUUUUUUUUUUUUUUGCCAAUUACUAAAAUAUUGUAUAUGGACAACCUGUGGUUUUGAGCUUGUACUCAGUGUUUUCAGAUUAAAUUUUAACAUAACUGA